CGAAAAUUUGUUUCAUCUGAUGAACUUCUAACGUUUGUUUAUAUAUUAAAUAUCAGUGAAUAAACUCUUGUAUUAUGUAAAUUCCUCAUAAAAAUCUUGAGGAUGUCUGCGGUUAGGACUUGCCCUGGCUUAUAUUGUGGCCGCACAAAACUUGAGGAUGGGAUGUGGAGUGACUGCGGAGCAUGUCCUAGGGGUUUUCGUACGAAUAGUUCCAGUUAUUGUAUGCCUUGUGCUGAUGAACCGACAUUAUAUGAUUGGCAAUAUUUGGGCUUCAUGGUUUUGCUUCCCAUGGUAUUGCAUUGGUUUUUUAUAGAUAUGGUUGCAGUAGGUAAAGGAAAAGAUGGUGUUAUACUUCAGCAUAUAUGUGCAUUUAUUGAAGUGGUAUCUGGUACAUUAGCAGCUCUUCUAGUUUUGCCGCCAACCGGUUCUAUUGCUCUGGAGGUAUGCUCCCCAACAGCGCUAUCAGAUUGGUAUACAUUACUCCACAAUCCUCAGCCAGAUUAUAAAGAGAUAUUGUAUUGUACACAAGAAGCAGUGUAUCCUUUAUACACAAUAGUGCUUUUGAUAUAUGCAUUUAGUUUAUUAAUGACAUUAUCAGUCAGACCAUGGCUGUUAGCUUGGCAUUCUUCUAGUCCUGGCAAGAAAGCAAUAUACUGUGCUUUAUAUUUCUAUCCCAUUCUGGUGUUAAUACAUACAGUUGCGGCUGGUCUUAUAUAUUGUUCAUUCCCAUAUAUAAUAAUAAUAAUAUCAAUGAUGACAUCAGCAUCACACUUCUCGAUAAAGAUAGAUCAGUCAGCUCCAGCUCUGUUGAUUUCUUCUGUCACAAACACAAGGAAUCUUAUUAUACUUGUUGGCCAUUGGCUGUUACACGCCUACGGGAUAAUAUCACUGACUGGCUUCAGAGAAUUGUGGUAUCUAUCAUUAGUACCAGCACCAGCUCUCUUUUAUAUACUUACUGCUCAAUUCACGGAUCCAAUGAAGAUACAUAAUGAUUGACAGGCACCAAAGGCAUUCGGAAAGCUGAUUUUGAAUUGACAGUUGACCAAGUGCUGAGUUGUUUAAGACAAACAAAAUUAAUGAGUAUUGACUUUGUGGUUAGAGAUUUUUAAGCAUUUCAUUUGUGAAUCAUUA